AAACAUUUAAAGGUAUAGACCACAAGUUAUCGCUUUUCUGUUGAAUUUGUUUGAAUGAAAGUCAAGGAUUAUCUGUAUGAGAUGAAUAGAAGGAUUAUCAAAAGACCGUCAGAUAUGAUUAUGGAAGUAAUUGAGUGUUUUAAAAAACUUUACAACCCAUACAUUAGCAACAGUGUCAGAAAAUGAACUUGUUCAUCGAAGAUUGACUAAAGCUGCGUUCGUUUCAUUAUUUAUUGCAAGUAUAGAUUUAUUUAUUAGUCGGCGGAUAACAUGUUAUCACAUUAUAUGCUUUGGACCUGGAUUAACAUCGAUUAAUGUUUUCUGUGCUGUCGGAUUUCCCUUGCUGGGCAUGGAUUUGGCUAUCUGUGGAUUGUUUAGAAAAGAGGAUAUUAUUUAGGAUUGUGAGGAAAUUGUUCAAAACUAAAAAGUCAUGCCCUCUAAGCACAAGAAGAGAAAAGAUGUCUCUAAAAUUCAUUCAAAACUCAGUGAGGGCCCUGUACAAGGCAGUCCCUUCAUAACACACCUCGGGGACGGUGACCCAAAUCUACAGCCCCACCCCCAGUACCUGUACCGAUCCUCCACCCCAGAGGAGGAACAGACCCUGCAGCUGGUGAUUCCAGGACUUGACCAGUCAGGGUCGGGUGAAAACUUGCUGAACAACUCAGGAGACAACAAGGAAGAGAACACUUCAGAAACUAAAGAAGUAGAUACUAAGGAAGGACCUGCAGAGACAAGUCCCCCUGCUACAAGAGAAGAACCGCCGAGACCUCAGUCCAGGAACUCCUUUGUGACCUCAAGGAGUUACCUCAAUACAGACAAAGUUGCCCAGCCAUCAAAGGCAUUCAAUAAACAAGUGUAUUUUGUUUCGUCUAGCCCAGAACCUCAUUUACGGCCGGGAAGUCGGUGUACAAACGUGACAGACUCGGUCAACAGAACUCAAGUGACUCCAGUCGUGGAGAAUCCGUAUGCUCGAGUGGACUCAGGGUACUCGAGUCGAUACAGCAACCGGAGUUACAGUGCGGGAUCGAUACGCAAGCUCAGUCACAGCCCCACCAGGAUGAGUUACGGAAUGACGGAACAUUACAACAACCCUAAUACUCACUUUCAACAUGCAUGUAAUCGCACUCAGGAAAGGGAGGAACUUCAGAAAAUCAAUGACCGUUUUACGUCAUACAUCCAAAAGGUCCGCCACCUGCGCGAGCAGAGUGGACAGCAGGCGGACACCACAUCUUUCAUCAAAUCCACCAAAAUUCUGGAGGAUGAGGUCGCCACAUUGAAGAGCUUGUAUGAAAAAGAACUUGACAAUGUUAGAAAACAAUUAGAAGAAGUGACACGAGAAAGAAACUCUUAUCAGAUGCAAUGUAGCAAAAACAAACAGUUUGCCCUAGAUUUAGAAAACAGAUUAAUGGUAGAAUCCGAGAAGAACCGGAGGCUGAUGGAGGAGAUGAACACCAGCCAUAAGAGGAUCCAGUCUCUGGAGAGCGAGCUCUCCGAGUCCAAAGUCAACUCGGGGCGGCCUUACGACGACAUCAACAACUUAACAAGAGAUUCUGAAAAGAUGAUAAGGGAAAUCGAAACCCUGAAACACAGAUAUGAAAAAGAACAGCUGAUGCGACAAGAAGCAGAGGAAAAAGCUCACCUAACAUCUCAGAAGAUGGACUUUGAGAACCAGGUGUACAAUCAGCAGAUUAAAGAGCUGAGAGAGCGUCUCGAGACAGCGAGCGCCACCAUACUGAGUCUGGAGACUCGAAUACGCCAGUACAGCAAGUCGGAUACAUCCGUAUCCGGACUCCUACAGCAGGUCAGGGAAUCCGCGGAGGAGGAAAUGAUGCGAUUCAAGAUCGAGUCAGAGGAAAACUAUGCAAGAAAUAUAACUGCCUUAAAAACACAGAUGGAAAAUGAUGCCAAGACAAUUGACAGACUGAAUACUGAGAAAUCCCAGAUCCUGGGACAGAUUGUGGAGCUGAGGGCCAAGAUAACCUCCCUGGAGGGACAGAUCCAGAAUUUGAACCACCAGAAGGUCUCCCUAGAGGAAAUGGUGGCCCAGGAGAGAGCGCAGGCCACGGAACAGGUGGCUGCCAUGUCACAAAAGCUAAAGGACGUCCAGGAAAUGUUGUUUGUGAAAAUGAGAGAGGCUAGCUCGUCACAUGACUGUCACAUGCCACUGAAGGCGGAGAUCAGCGCCAUGAAGGCCCUGCUGGAAGAGGAGGAGAAAAGAUUACAAGUUCCAUCAGAGGAUGUGAAUUACACAACGAACUAUACCCUAACCACUCAAGCAGAUCAACCACCCAUCUCUACCGCUGAACCGGUAACCACCAAUGUACCGCCUCAGAGUUUCCAGCCAAUGUCCUACGCUCAGCCCUCAGCCCCACCAAUGUCGCCUUCCUACGCCCCGAUGACUGCUCCGAACAUGACCAAUGAGUACGUCCCUCAGUACGAGCCCUUCCUGACAGAGGACUUGGAUCCUGCAGGUGUCGGAUUGGAAUACUUCGGAGGGGGCACCAGAUACACGUAUCGGACCACGCCCAGUGUCAACAAACUCCAGAUUGAGCCCUCCCCACCCACCACACCUCGCCCUGUGGGGCCAGUGAUGAGGGCCAAGUCUGCACCAGGGGAACCAAUCAAAAUUCAGCGUAGGAGGCCUCAAAGUGCUAAAUGUCAGUCCCCUUCCAAUGAUUUCGUAUCAAAGGAUUCCCCUAGGAAUGUAUAUAGAACCCCAGAGAGGCCAAAAAGUGAUAAAUAUUACUCGUCGCCUAUAUGUAGGCGUAUCUCUGAUGUCACUGUGAGUGACAGUACUGACAGCCCUUGCCCCUCCCCUCCGCAGUAUAAAGUUGGAUCCAAGGUCAGAGGUCAGAACGUCCCCCUGAUCCCGACCAGCAUGGGUCAAGGUCAGGACUACUUUGACGAGAUGUUCCGUGACCUGACCCGGGAGACCCUGUACACAGCCCCGCCCAGCCCUCCCCCGCAGAAACAGCAGAGGAGCAAGUCCAGCAUGGACAAGUACCAGAGCUCAGUGUACCAUGACUACAACACCGCCACCUCCAGUCGCUCAGAGAGCCCUGAGUACCCGCGACACUUACUGCCCAGGGAUGCCCUGGUGUUUAGUGCUGUGGGAGAUAUUAAAAUUCUAGAAGUCAAUCAAGAAGGGAAAUAUGUGAGAUUAGUGAACGACGGAAAGCAGGAGACAGAGUUCGGAGGUCACAUGAUUCAACAGAAUGUCGGUGGACACCCUGUGGCAGUGUAUAGAUUCCCACCCAGGACGAAAUUCCCAGCAAACAGCACCCUCACCGUGUGGGCAGGGUCCAACGACCCCAUUUUACACCAACCCCCAUCAGACUAUGUGUGGAAGGAGCAACAGAAAUGGGGGACAGGGCCUGAAUGCACUACUAUUCUGUGUAAACCUAAUGGACAGGCAAUAGCUUGGACCACAGCUGCUCACAGGUUUACAAAGAAUGCAUUUGAGGAGCCAUCUCCUGCUUCUCAACAGGUGGUCGCAGAUGAUCCUCUUCAAGAUGAUCCAAACAUUGAGACAGAUAGUUUAACAGAAAUGACUGUCAACAUCAAUGAACCCAAGCCAGACUCUGUGUACCUCAAAAGGGAGAAACAGCAGCCAAAUGUGCUGACCCCACAGAAACACCCCCAUGGCACCUCCCCAGGGAAAGAGAUCCACCCCGCCACCAGCCAGCCCCGCCCCUACACGUACGGGAAUGACAACAGCAGUGUCAAUAGACAGUCGCGGUCACAGACAACCAGACCAGACCCAGUCAAUGGUCAGCCUUAUGCAGGGUCAGCUCAGAAGAUGGGUAGUGCUCCAUUAAAACGCUACACCCCCACUAAUAUACGAGGGAACGGCUGUAUUGUUAACAAAGCUGAUGUAGGUAAGACUUCCUGUCCCCCGAACCAUUUCAUGUCACCACAUGUCAAGUUUCAGACGGGCCUGGACCAGAUUCGUUCCCAACACAACGAGGACUUCAUGCCCCCCAUGCCCCGCCCACCUCUCUUCUCAACAUGGUAGCCUCCUUCUUAGUUUGUUAAGCUCCGCCUACUUUUAUCUGUGACCAAUCGAUGAGCACAUCUUUUACAGAGCAAAGAUUUGAUACAGCUUGGGAUCAUCAAAACAUCAAGCGAGAUUGGCUUUUAUGGAAGUUUUUGUUGAAAUUUUUAACAUAUCAUGGAAAAAUUAAAACCAGCGAGAACUUAUGGAGCCCUUAGUGUAGUUCUAUUUCUCACAUCAUACGUUUGAAAGGAGGUGGGAGGGGUGUUCUUUCUUUGUUGCUUUGAUUGACAAAUGUUACUUAUAAUUACUUCUUUGAAAAAUGCUUGAAAUCAACACAGCUUAUAAAGCACAUGAAAACAAUGUAUGAUUUAUAAUUUUUCAAACAUCAAAAUAGUUUUAUGCAUUGAAAUUUUGUUUCAGCUGUUGUUGUAAUGAUAAAUAGUUUUUUAUGAAUAUAAUCAAAGAAUUGUGUUUGUUACAUUUUAAAUAUUGAAUAAUUUGUUUUGGUUGUUGUAGGUUUCUGCCAAAGUAUGCUUGUUUAUGUGUAUGUCUUAAUUUGUUUUUUAUUAGCCUGAUCAACAAUGUUUGAUGGGGCAUUGUCAUAUUAAGACUAUAUAGAUGUGAAAUUGCUCAAAGGAAUGUCAACUUAAAAACAAGUUUUUUGUGUAUUAUAGAGAACAAUGGCUGUUCAUGUAUUUGAUAUGUAGACUUCAAAAUCAAAGAUAUGGGGUUUUGCAAACCAUUGUUAAAUUUGACUUUUUGUUGAGUAUUAUUGAGUGCUUGUAGGAGAAAUUGGUAUGGCUAAUUUAGUUAUUCUGAGCACAAGGCUCACAAUUAUUGACACCAAGCGUAUUUGGGGUAGGAAGCAGUAUUUGUGAAUUAUAUCAUGCAUAAUGAAAGCGGAAAUGUUUUUUAUUUUAUUAAUAUGUUUAGCAUUUUUUUUUAAAUUAUUCUUAUUGCUGCCUACAUGUAACAAGUAUUGAUGUACUUCCUCUGUGAUAAACUCAAUGCCAUAUCAUAUAUAACAGCAUCUGCUGAGGAACAAUAUACAUUUUUUUGCCUUUGUAUGUCAGCAUGGAAUAUGAAUAUAAACUCAUUUUUUCUACAUGAUCCACACAUAUUAGAGAAUCUACAGUGUAACCCAAAUGAGUUGACAGUAUUUACACUGAAUUGCUUUGUAUAUCAGAUUUACAACAUCUUUGAGAAAUUAUGACCAUCAGUUAACCUUCCAGACUUAAUGUCAAUAAUACAUUAUAAGUUUUAUAAUAAUAGUUUACAUUUGCUUUUGUUAAAGCCAACAGCUUUGAUGAUGGGGACUGCGCUGUAUCAAAUAUUUUUGUGUUUGUCUUUUUACUUUUAUUUUGUUCCGUCCUUGAUUGUUAUCUGUGAUAAUUAUGUUAUAUUUUUAUUCAAUUUAUAGAAUGACUAGACAACAUUUAACAAAUUUUAUUUUUGCUAAUUUUGAUAGAUUACAUAUUUAUACCAAGAGCUUAUUAAAUAUGUAGAAAUAUA